AUGGGCGACCUGCCCGAGGGAAAGAUGCCCGCAUUUGUGGACACCGCUGUCCGCUUCACCGGACUGACGCUGGCGGAGAUCAACGGGACGCUCUUCAAGCUGGACUACUUUGAGCGCACGCAAUGGGCGUGCAGCAAUGAGGAACUGAUCAAGGCCAUUGCCCACCACUACGCACUGCAGAUCGCCGCGCAGCUGUACAAGCUGAUCCUCGGCCUGGACAUUAUCGGCAACCCCGGUAAGCUGGCCAGCGACAUCACCCGAGGAGUGGGCGACUUCUUCUACGAGCCGGCCGCCGGCAUCGUCGUCGGCCCGGAGGAGUUUGCCGAGGGCGUCGCCACCGGCGUUCACUCGCUGACCACUAAUCUGGUGGGCGGAACGGCGGCUGCCCUCGGUCGCAUCGGCCACCGCCUGGGCACCGGCGUGGCCGCCCUCUCCGCCGACGAGAAGUUCCAAAAGGAGCGCCGCGAGCGCACGAACAAGGAGGCGACCUUCAGCGCCAGCGGCAAACACCUCGUCCGUGGCUUCGUCGACGGCGUCAGUGGCCUGGUGAGCAAACCGGUGGAGGGCGCUCAGCGCUCCGGCUUUGGCGGCCUCCUCCGUGGCGUCGGCCAGGGCCUGGUGGGCGUCAUCGUGCAGCCGGCCACCGGCGUGCUGGACGCCGCAGCCACUGGGCUGCACGCCUUCAACAACUCCAUCGACGCGAAGACGGUGGCCAGGGCGGCGCGUCCGCCGCGUCACUUUCCCGCCGGCAGCAAACUCCUGCCGUACAACCUCUACGCGGCCAUUGGCAACCAGCACCUGCGCACGUUGGCGGACGGCAAGUACGCCGCCGAGGGCGAAGAGUACGAGUACCACCUGCAGCUGGACGGCCAGCGGAUGGUCCUGCUGAGCACCACCAAAAUCUUCUACCUGGAGAAGUCGAUGUUUGCGGGCGCCUGGGAGAUCGACUGGUCGGAGGACUGGAUGAAC